AUGCGCGUGCUCUAUCUCCGUUUGUUCGUCCUCGCUGCUCUCUACGGAGUGCACGGCGCGGGCGCUUCGUUGGACAAACCCGAUUCGUUUCAGCUUCGAGCUCUACGUGCAGAAGAGUCACAUGCUUCUUACGCAACCGACCACCACGUGGCUCCACCGAUGAAAGACGGCGAGCCGGACGAGGAAGAGAGAGGUCAGAUAUGGCAGAGUAUACAGCAUCUUGGCGUGGAAACCAAGGGGCUGUUUGGCUUCAGAAAACAACCGUCUCGACCUAACACCGAGGUAGCAGCGGUGGCAAAGGUGAUGGACGAACGUGGGGAAGCGAUGCGACACAGUGAAGCUGAGGACGUUGAAAAUCUUUCGCCAGAGCAACUGAGGACGAUCAUGGAGGCCGCAAUCAAGAUGUAUCGUGAAAACCCGGAGCUGGCUGAAGCAAACUUGCGAGCGAUGGAUGCAGUGGAGAAAGCAGCACAGAAGGAUGCUGCAGCGCACAAUAAACCAAGUCGUAGGGACCGUGUGUUUGCGCCAGUAAAGAAACUGUUUACACCAGUGACGAAACGGUUCGUAUCAAGGAAGGCGAAAAAGCUGCAGGAGCAGCAGAAGUUUGAGGAAAAGGUAACUGAAAUACUACGUCAGACUCCGCAGAGCUUUGAUAAGGGGGGAUUGAAAGUUGAAGCGCUGCGCGAAAGUUUGCGCGUACCUGCACCGGAACAGUUGACGACCAAUGAGGCCGUUGCGCAGUUUUUCGCGACCCCUCGUGCUGCUGAAAGGUUUAUAAAAGUUCAUGAGUACGAGCAGUACCUCAAAUCUCAUCCUUCGUAG